AUGGUGAACGGGACCGCGGCGGUGCUAGAGCCCACGUUCACAGGGUAUGUGGCUACCACACAGGAUGCGCUGAUUCUUUUCGAGGCAUGCUUGACAGGCGUCUUGCAUCAUGUCCCCCGUCGACCACAUGAUCGAGAGCGAAGUCAUUUGGUGCGCAGUGGGAGUGUCUUCAUUUACGAGGAGAACUCCUCAGGGAUCAAACGAUGGACCGACGGUGUCACUUGGAGUCCCAGUCGCAUUUUGGGCAAUUUCUUGGUUUACCGCGAGUUGGACAAACCUUUCCCUCCCGGUGAGAAGAAACGCGCCAUGAAAAAGGCCAAUCGACGCCCCGUACCACCCACUCGACCUGGUGAGCCAUAUCCGCGACACGACAGCAACGGUCAGAGUUAUUCUCCGACAUCCCCUCCAGCCGCCUUUGGGGAACGAGCACAUCAGUCCGAAGUCGAGCGAGCAUUGGUGGGGUCGCUGGUCGAUUCAUACGGCUUCAAGGACUCGGGUUUGGUCAAGAAGACCAUGAGCGUGACUGUCAUGGGUAUCACCCAUCACCUGGUCUCCUAUUACAGUGUGGACGACGUGAUCCGUGGCGCACUGAGCUGUCCUUCCUUAGUCGAGUCGCUACGCUACAUUCGACCGCGCAUCGACUUGACUUCCAAACAGAGCUUCCGUGCUCCCAUCGACGACCACGAGUCAAAUGCCAUGGAAAGUGCUGCUCAUGACCCUUCGCACGCAGCCCUCUACGGAUACCGUCCACAAAUGAUGGCUCCCCCAGCCUAUGGAAUGCCAAAUCCACCACCCGAUUUCUACAUGCAUCCCAACCACUACGCAGCCACUCACGCUCCACAACAGGGUCCCAUCCCAGGAUACUCCAUGGGCGGCAGCAUGCCUGGACAACCAGCACCCAACCCAUAUCUCCCAUCCCCUUCAGUCGCAAACCCGAUGGUGAAACAGGAAGAUUAUCAUGCAUUCCGCGCUGGUCCAUACGGAGGAAGUAUGGAUUCGAUGAGUCACAGCCUCUCCUCAUCCAUCCCUGGUGGACUCAACUCCAGCAUGUCCGGUUCCCUGAGCGAGCGCAAUCGCUCAACAUCGGAUCAUAGCCCAUCCGCAUACCGCAACUCCUCCAUAUCAUCUCGAAGUGUUGCAACCGACGCCACAUCUCCCAUGGAUUCCUCCACGCCAGGCACGUAUUCACGAAGCAGUUUUGGCUUACCUAGCCACAUGGAAAACACUCAUCUUGAUUCUCGCGGUAUUGGCCCACUCGACCCGAAUGUACCUCGUCGUGAAUCCAACCCCGUUCACCCCUCAUACUACGCCACCCCAGAUCGUUCACAAUAUUAUGUCGGUGCGGCGGCCCCCGUCAAUCACCCCCACUACGCAGCCUGGACAACCACCGCUCCGGCACAACCCCAAAUUUAA